AGGCAGACAUAGAGAGAGAGAUAGCGUGUGAGUGAAUGAGUGAGUGUAUGAGUCUGUGUACAAUGUCCGCCAUCAGUGGUGUCUGCAGUCUCAAGUCCAACAUCCAAAGCAACUCCCCGUUUUGCAUCAGUUGCCUCUGAGGCCUGUCUAUCUCUCCCUCUCUCUCUGAGUGAGCGUGUGAGUGUGUGUGAGUGUGAGAGAGAGAGAGAGAGAGAGACAGAGAGGAUGGCUGCCUCGUGUGCCGCUGUUCAGGUUAAACUGGAGCUAGGCCAUCGGGCCCAGGUUCGGAAAAAACCCACGGUGGAGGGUUUCACCCACGACUGGAUGGUCUUUGUCAGGGGUCCAGAACACAGCAAUAUUCAGCACUUUGUGGAGAAGGUCGUCUUUCACUUGCACGACAGCUUCCCCAGACCUAAGCGGGUGUGCAAGGAUCCACCAUACAAAGUGGAGGAGUCCGGAUACGCUGGCUUUAUAAUGCCGAUUGAAGUGUAUUUCAGAAACAAGGAAGAGCCCAAGAAGGUACGGUUUGAUUAUGACUUAUUCCUGCACCUUGAAGGACAUCCGCCUGUAAAUCACCUCCGAUGUGAAAAACUCACUUUCAACAACCCAACGGAGGAAUUCCGUCGAAAAUUGCUGAAAGCAGGAGGGGAUCCAAACAAGAACAGCUCCACGAACAGCAGUAACACCUUCUCGAAGCCCCACAAGUCCGUGAAAGAGCACAAGGACAAACCAUCAAAAGACUCGAAAGAGCACAAAAGUGCCUUCAAAGAACCUUCCAGGGAACACAGUAAAACUUCCAAAGAGUUCUCAAAGAAACCCAAAGAAAACAAGCCGCUAAAAGAUGAAAGAACUGUUCCUAAGACCGCAUUUAAGGAACCAAAACCGAUGUCAAAAGAACCAAAAUCAUUGGAAAACAACCCGGUAAGUGGGACAGGAGGCGGACAGCAGGAGGUUAAGGCUCCAACCAAGAGACCUCCCGUCACAGACUCUGAUGAACUUUUGGUUAAGAAAAAAAAGAAAAGCAGCUCUGAACUUGUGUUUAAAAGCUUCUCCAGUGCUUCUCCACCUGAAAAGAAGCACGUGAAGGACAAGUCACAUGUUAAGGGAGCAAAGGUCAAAACAGAAAAUGAGGUGAUUGAAGAGAAGAAGAAGCCCAGUUUGCCACCGUUUGAAGAUGUUGUGGAUGCAAAUGACUCUGCCUUAGAUGAUACGUCCUCUAAAUCCGAGUCUCAACAGCCAAGUCCUGCUGGCUCCAGUUCCAGUUCAAAUUCCAGUUCAAGUUUUACUCCAUCUCAAAACAACCGCCAAGGUCCACUGCGAUCUAUAAUGGAGGACCUCCAUUCUGAAGACAAUGAAUCAGACGAAGAUGAGAACAGAAGCAUAUCUGACGUAGAGAGAUCAUUAAAUACUCAUUGUGGAAGCAGAGGGCUUCGAAUGAGUUUGAGUGAUGGAAGUGACAGUGAAAACAGUAGCACAUCGUCACCACCCAGAAGUGAAGCACCACCAAUCUUGAAAGCCAACAGCAAUAACCAGGUGUUAGAAGUCAAAAGCCCAUUAAAGCAAAGCAAACCUGAGAAAACAAUAAGGAAUGGGGAAUAUGACAAGGCAUAUCUGGAUGAGUUGGUUGAGCUUCAUCGACGACUAAUGACACUUCGUGAACGACACAUACUACAACAGAUCGUUAACCUCAUAGAAGAAACGGGACAUUUUCACAUCACAAACACGACAUUUGACUUUGACCUUUGCUCACUGGAUAAAACCACAGUUCGAAAACUACAGAGUUACCUGGAAACUUCAGGAACAUCAUGAGGACACUGGUCCCCAGCUACGAGCUGGAGAUUUGAACUUUUUAAGCGAUGCAACCGAUGACUAGCCCUAUAGAGCUACUUCCUGCAGCUUUUUUCCAGCCAGUCAUGCUUCUCUUCCCCUGACCGUGUUGCUGGGGGAAAAUACCAAGAGAUUCAACAGAUCCUUACCAGCCUGAGGAAUGUUCUGGAAGCGCUGGACCAGUGAGGUUCAUCUUCUCCUUUUACCUCUCAUCCCCUGGAUAUUUGCUCUUUGAGAAUCUCAGCGGUAGUAUGUAUCUUUUGUGGUGUCCACAUCCACAUGGUGAAUGAUGCAUGUGCAACACUGCCUUAGUAUGUAACUGAUCUAUCUAUUUAUUGAAAAAAAAUACAUUCAUGAUAAAUAUCUUGGAUCUUUGGAACACUACCAAACAUUGAGCACUCUGGUCACAUUUGUGACCAAGGCUUAUGAAUGCAGUAGGAAUUGGCCACCAGAUGUCCGGUGAAUUCAUCUCCAAUUUUUGGUUUCCUUUGUAAACUAGCUGCAAUCAUAGGGACACUAUGUAACUACACAAUGUUCUAGCCUUAGUAAUUGAACUGUAGUGCUUUAAAAAUCUAUUACUGUGCACUGUUCUGAGAAUCAUUACCAGCUUUGCUAUGUUUUAAUUAGUGAUCGGCAGACACAAACGAUCAGAUGUGUACUGAUGCUGGAGGAAAUAUUGUCUGCACAAUCAUGUUAUUAAGCAGAGAUUUUUAAAAAAAAAAAUAAUUUUCUUCCAGAUUUGAUUCAAACUUUUUACAGGGAAUAAGGGAUUUUGUGGUGUAAUUCUGCUUACCCUUUUAAAGUACUUGACACCUUUUUUCUUAUUUUAAAAGAUAUUAACAUGCAAUGCCAGUCAUCGGCACGUGCAGUUGCAUCACAACUGUCAUGCGCACAGUGGCCCUCUCUGAUUCUGAAAUUCUUCUUUCAUUUCCGAAUGUCAGCCUACGUUCGCCCCCUCCUGUUGUUUAGCUGGGCAGACUCUGUGAACGGUAAAUACACCUGAAGAUUCCAAGAACUAACUGAUGAAGGACGGUGAAAAACGGUUUUAAACGAGAUUUUUGAUGACUCGUGUAAAGGUUUUGGCAUAUCAGAUGUAGUUAAAUUGUUUUUUGUUUUAAAAGGAUGAAAUGGGUUUGUGAAAACUAUUCUGUUCCCAAUUUUCUGUAUGUUGUAGAAAAUUCUCAAUUUGGGAUUAAUUAUUUAUUUGAAACACUCCCUUUACUGCCAAAUCUGUUUUGCCAUCUUUACCUAUUCUGGUAAAUGGUGUGUAUUUAUCAGUCCAUCCUUUGGAUAGUGAAAUUAUAUUUCUUAAAGGUAGAUCUUUCUUUAGCAAGUAUGUUGCAGUAAAACCAUGCUUCAAUGGCGUCUUUUUGAGGAGACCUUAACUGUUACUUUCAGUCCAAAGAUGGGAUGAAGUUUAGUACUUUUUUUUUAAUUAUUGAAGGUUCUGAAACUGCUUCCAGCAGCAAGAAGUGUACUUUCCGGUGAUAACGAGGUUCAGAAACGCCAUUGUGUCCAUUACUUGAAAUGUUACCUUGCUAGUAUACUUUUGAUGUGCAAUUCAGUUCAGAAAAAACAGAUUUUUUUUUUGAGAAAAGAGGGAAUAAGUGAACUUACUUCAUUUCAUGUAUGUGGUGUUCAAUGUGUGUUUUCAAUUCUCAUUUCACUUUGAUUUUGAUGUGCCCGUGGUGAAACCCAAGAUUCUUGAUUCGAGCCAAGGAAUGCUCCAACAGUCUUCAAAAAGUUUAACAUGGUACUUUGUGAGUUCCUUUUUAAUUUAAUGUAGUUGCUUGAUCCAUCUUGAUUGUUGUGGCUAAAUUUUGUGGUACAACUCAACUUCCAAAAAAAAUUUCAUUAAAUUUUAAAGAGAAUCUUUGCUGUGAUUCAUCUAGUCAUUCCUCAUUGCAAAUAUUUUGUGUGACAAAUGGCUCAAUAUACAAAGCAGUGAAAGCUGUUGGGUUUUUUAAACAGGAUUCAACACUCCAUGAAUUAGUAAAUAAAGAUUAGUUUCAGAUUGUGUUACUACAAAAAAAAAACCAUGUUAAUAUAAUAUAUAAGGUUUAAAUACUUUAUUUUGUAAUCAAACCAAAAUAGAAAUAAAUUGGUAUGUAAGCGUCUAUUGUACUGCACAUCCAUGGGACACCAGCCUAAAGUAAAUCUUUUUGCAAACAUUAUGUAUAAAAAGUAUGAACUUAAUACUUUAGACUUGAUCCCAGGAAGAAUUUACUGCAAUAUUGGGUUUACCACAAUAUUUAAUU